AAACAACACCGGGGCGCCCCGUUUUUCUCUCCAGCAUAAACUUCCUCUACAUUCUUAAGACUAGACAGAAACACUGUGAUGCUGCGAGCCCAUAUGAGUGUGACAACAAUACAGCAGCUCACAGAAAUGAUGGUAAUACCAUGCUUCAGUUUACACAGGAAACUGGCACGGUUGCACCGUGCAGUGGGUGCAGUUCGGUGGAGGAGCAGCUAUAGACCAGCCCCUUUGUUGACAGCUGCUCCUGCUCGUGCCCUCAUAGAUGAACAGAUCAGCAUUAAAGGGCGUUUCCUGCCCCCACGCUGUCCGGUUACAGUGUGUGCACAAAUGCACAGUGAGGAUGAUGACCUGUGGGAGGCAUUCGCACAUUAUAAUACAAAUGCAGAUGGAACUGUCAACUUGACCAAGGAUCAUUCAGUUGGGGGUUCAUAUUUGGGCUGUGAGCCAAUGGGACUCUUCUGGGGACUGCAGCCGGCUCCUGGAGCAAGAGAAGGUUUAAGAUUGAGAAAAAAAAACGUGGAGAUUCCAUACGUAGUGCACAUGUCCUUACUGGAGGGGCAUGUGUCGCCCAGUGAGGGACAGAGCACUGAGCUGGCUGCUGUAACCACUGAGCGCUGGUACAUGGCCCCGGGCGUAAAGAGAAUAAAGAUUCGGCAAAAUGGAAUUGUAGGGACGUUGUUCUUACCCCCUGGUCCGGGCCCAUUUCCAGCCAUGUUGGACCUGUGGGGAAUGGGUGGAGCGCUGGUCGAGUACCGCUCGGCCCUGUUUGCAUCAAGAGGUUAUGCCAGCUUGUCCAUUGCCUACAUAGGGCACAAAGAAUUACCUGGCCCACAAAACCGCAUCAAUGUUGGGGCUUCAUAUUUCAAUUCAGCCUUCAACCUACUUCGAGAUCAUCGUCAGGUCUGUGCCGACAGAGUUGGUAUCAUCGGUCUGUCAUUUGGAGUUUACCUAACUCUUCGAAUUGCCACUGAGACUGGUGCCAAACCAUCUUGUUUGAUUUGUAUCAACGGGCCAAUAGGAAGUGCCAUCAGGCUCUCAGAUGCAGACGGCAGGACGGAAGAUUUUGAAGGACAACAGAAAUAUUGGACAUAUAAUGAUCAAGGCCAUGUCAGUUUCAGAGACAUCUCCUUGCCUGCUAACCUUCCUCCUGAGAGCAAAGUGAAGCUAGAGAACCUCGCCUGCCCAUUAAUGUACAUAGUGGGAGAAGAUGACCUGAGCGCUUCAAGCAUAGAGAACGCAAACCUGAUCGAGGAGACCCUGAGGGCUGCAGAUAAAUCCCAGCUUUUCACUCGUUUGUCCUACCCUGGUGCUGGUCACCUGAUUGAACCACCUUACUCACCAAAUUCAAGAAUGUCAUUAUGGAGUGUCAAACCAAAAAAAUUGAUCACUCUGUGGGGAGGUCAUCUCGCGCCCCACGCUGCUGCCCAGGAAGAUGCCUGGAAGAAGAUCCUCGAUUUUAUGGAAAACAAUCUGAGAAGAUGAACCUGUGGUGAAGUGGACUUGUCGAUAGAAAGUACCUCGUGACGCAUGUGUCUGUGAAAGGCUGCAUGUAGCUGAGAGAGUUUUACAUGCAGAGAACUGAGGGAGGAAAACAAACUUUUGCUGUCCUGUGGUGUGCAGCUCGCUCAGAUACGCUCACAUUCAGCAGAUUCUCCACAAGGGGGAGCUGCCAUGCCAAAAUACACCAUCAACAGGGAAGGACAGUCAUCCCUGCUGCAUUAAAUGUCUGGUUCUUCAUGAGUUGUCAGCAUUUUUGCAUUUUAUUUUAUGCAACAAACUUUUUAUUACACUGAACAGAGGAUAUAAUAACGAUCAGCCAUCAAAGUUGGUCUAAAUCUACACAGAUGUCCCGAUGAUGUGCACAUCAUUCAGUCCCACUUAUAAAUUUCAGACACUCAGUUCCUGUGUUCCUCGUG